CGAACUUCCGUGUUGUUAGCUUAGCAGGUCGUGCUAUCCUCGGCUAACGGAAGUUUAGUUGUCGUCAGUUAACAUUUAAAUGGUGUCGUUUUACAGGCUGCGUUGCAACUUUUUCCACACAAACUGGAGCUUUUCAAAGUUACCGGCUUAUUUUAAUUCAGUAAAACUGUUGAGUUGUGUUGCUAUGUAGAGCUGCACAUCUGGCUGCCAUCUCCUUUGUAGGGACAUUUCUGUCGAUUCAAUGGGGAAAAGGAAAGACAUGAUUCACCCCAGGUUUCUCGGUGAAGGUGGCUCUGGCCUGCACAGCGUUCACAAACGGAAACAUAAAAAGCACAAGAAGCACAAGAGGAAGCACCACAGCUUUGCCGAGGCCCCGGAGCCAGAGCCUGUUGUGGUUCCUCGACCUCCAUCGCAGCUCCGGCUCAAGAUCAAGCUCGGAGGACAGACGCUGGGAACCAAGAGUGUUCCCACCUUCACCGUCCAUCCUGGAGUGGCUCGUCCUCCGUCACCGUUGAUGAUUAUUGAUAAUGAUGCUGAUGACGACGAUGAAGACGAUGACGAUGAAGACGAUGACGACGAUGAGCCCUCUGUGCCUCUGGAGCAAUAUCGGGCCUGGCUGGAUGAAGACAGCAACCUGGCCACAUCCCCCAUGCCAGACGUGGACUCAGACUCCAUGCUGGGAGGGCCGGUAGACGAGGAGGAGAGGUGGCUGGACGCUCUGGAGAAAGGGGAGCUCGACGACAACGGAGAGCUAAAGAAGGAGAUCGACGAGUCUCUGCUUACCGCCAGACAGAAAGCCCUGCUACACAAGCAGCAGAGUCAGCCUCUGCUGGAGCUCCCUAUGGGCUACAAGGAGAAAGAGAUGACUGCAGAGAUGAUGCAGAAACGGGAGGAGCGUGCCCGAAAGAGGCGCCUCCAGGCCGCCAAAAAAGCUGAAGAGAACAAGAACCAGACGAUAGAGAGGCUGACAAAAACCAGCAAGGCCAAGAUCAAAAGCAUGAGAGAGAAGAAGUCCAAGCAGAGUCAGUGUCCGAUGGUUCGCUACAGCGACUCCGCACAGGGAAUGAACAUCUCUUUCCCCACUGGGGUCCUCGCCCCGGCCCCGACUGCUCCCCGUCCUCCACCUCCAGCCCCGGUCAGCUGUGGCGUCAGCGGGUGCACUAACCUGAAGAAGUACUCCUGCUCAAAGACCGGAGUUCCUCUCUGCAGUCUGGAGUGUUACAAGAGGAACCUGCUGCUGGUGCAGAGUGCAGCUUGAACCUCAGAAACACACUGCACUGGGACGUGACGAUGGUGUGAACAUGUGGCCAUAAAAAUGGUGGAAUUUACUUGAACACUCAUACCACGAAAAUAUCUUGAACUGUACGCAGAAACUCAUAGCUCCAUGUGCAGUGACUUUUUUUUCGUCAACUUGUCCGUUUUGUUUGUAGCUGUGUCAUAGUAAUAAUGAUUCUCCUUGCAGUAAUAACUAAAUUAUGUACAAGUCAAAAAUGAUCAAGAUCUGAGAUUAUCAGUAUUUAUAAUUUCUAUAGCAGCUCAUAUCAACAUAGGCUACUCUAUGAAAUUACUUAUUUUUCAAGUUUUCAGGCAAUAGAACAGUUUCUACUAUUUUGAAUAUGUCUUUUUGGUAAUAAUGUUUAAAAAAAGACUGAGAAAAUUCAUCAACAGCCAUUAAAUGUGUCCUGAAACAGAAGAGAAACUGUGUUACAUUUUAAUUAAUUAUGUUCAUUUAUGCAACAAAUGACUCAAUUUCCAUACAAAACUGUACACAAUUUAAAUUAACUGACAAUGAAUGCUUUUACUUCACUGCAUAAAAUGUGUGAAAACUAAACUAUCAAUACAACCUUUUUUGCUGUGUGAGCAUAGAGAUGUUUGCAGCAGCGUCAUUUUUUUUUACCGGUCCAGCUUAGUAAACUUCAUGGCAGCUGCUCUCACCAGAAGGUCAGCUCUGCUCUAACUGUCUGAGGUAUUCACUGACUGAGUGGCAUUUAAUGUGCGCAGACACACUUUUAAAGAACGUUGCUCAUGUUUCUGAUGAGCACAAAAGGCACUCCUCAAUUGUAGGAAAUCAUGUGAAAAAGGUUCCAUGUUAGAUUAUCCCUCAGAAGUGGGCAGCUAGCAUAAAAUCCCUACGUCUGCACAGUUUGAGGUCUUUUCCUGAGAAUCAACAAAUCUUGUGUUCCUCGCUGCCACUGAGCUGAUGAGAGGGGAUCAUAAAGCCAAACCGAAGGAGAGUCUGAAGGCCAUCUCUACAGGAACCUCUGCCACCGAGUCAUGGAAGCACACGUAGAACUCCUGAGGAACGGGCUCCAGCAACAUCCGCCUGGAAGUCAAAGAAAAUGAGACUGAGAACAAGAGAAUGAUGCCGUUGUUGAUCUUCAGAUGGACGGAGUAAAUGUGCAGCUGCAUGAAGGAGAAAUGUACGUAAAGAAAACAGAAUAAACAGGAUUUUUUUUUUGCACAGAUUGCCAAAACAAAUAGUGAAUUCUUUCUUGCAUGGUUCUCUUUUGUAACCUCAUCUGUGAUCCUCCUCUUCUCCAAGCAUAGGUGCAAGUCAACAUAAAGAGUUUUCCUUCCCUCUGAACACAUUCUGUAAUGCUUCCUGUCCAUUUCAGUCACGCUGAGAGGAAAACAGAAUUCCUACUCUCGUUCUCUAAGAGGAAACACAGAUGUUGUGGCUGCAGAUGUGUCCUCUCCUAUAGUAUUAUUCUUGAUUACAGUUAUAUUCUGUGUGUGCUGCUACAAGAUCCUUCCAGGUGAAUGCAGGAAGCCACACUGAAUUAAACCUGAGCAGAAGUGUA